AUGGAUCAUGCCGCCGACGCCACGCCGGACAGACUUAGCGACCUGCCGGAUUGCCUGCUCCACAUCAUCAUCUCCCUUUCUUCCAUGGGCGCUAGGCGGCUCGUGCAGACGAGCGCCCUGUCGCGUCGGUGGCGCCAUCUCUGGCGCGACGUGCCGUUCCUUGACGUCGGCCUGCUGGAGUUCAAGCAUGACGACCUCGAGAACUGGGCGAGGUUCAGCAGCUUCGCAGACAGCCUCCUCCUGCAGCACAACGCCCUCGACCUCGACGAGCUCCGGAUGCAGGUCGUCCAGCCCAUAGUUGCCAGAAAUUCGGAUCCCUCCCAAGUACGGCCGUCAGAAGCGCCGGAGAAUGCCAGACAGGAACAGCUGGGUUCCCCGCUUCCUCGCGCGCUACAACCCCUCCGCACUCGACAUCAACAACCACUCGACUGGCCCGCACGUCGAGCUGCAUCGCACCGCCGCCUCACCACGCUGCGGCUUACCGGGGUCACGCUGUGCGCCGGCUUCGAGCUCCUCCUCGGCGCCGAUGGGUGCCCUAGGCUGGAGCACCUCGAGCUCAGGGACUGCCUCAUCGGCUUCGAGGAGGUGGUCGCCUCUCGCACGCUCAGGACCCUCGUCGUCGACUCGUGCAACAAGGGCAUGGACCAGAUGAGUGGCUCUCUGCUCCGCUUGUCUUACACCCCGCGCAUUGUGGCUCCUGGACUCGCUUCUUUCCACAUCGUGCUUCUGUCAGAUUUUGUCCCCCUAUGGCUCUUCGAGAUGCCCUCGCUCAUCCAGGCCACGGUUCGUUUGGGCAGAAGCUGCAUCCUCAACGAAUUCGACCUCCUUUGCAGCCUUCACAAUGUCACGAAAUUAGAGAUGUCGAGCUUCCCGCCGCUGAAUGUGGUGAUGGUUCAUAGAUAUGGCAGAGAUUUCCCAAGGUUCAAUAACCUGAGUACAUUGAUCCUAGACCAGUGCGAUGAUGCUCACAUGCUCCUGGAGUAUUUUAUCCUCUUCGCUCCCAACUUGGAGAAACUCACUCUACAAAACUGCACGCUUCCGAUGCUCUCUGAAAGGGUGGCAGAGAGGCCCAUGUCAGUGAAAAUGACCGACUACCAUUUCAAUCUCAAUCUGGUGGAGAUCAAACACCGUGAAAAGGAUGACAUUUGUGGGAUCAUCGAGUACUUGAUGCUUGUUUCUGUGAACCUCCAAAGGACUGCUAUUGUGUUGUCAAAAGGUCCAGAGAAGCCAUGGUGGAGAUUGGAGAAUCAUGCAACAUUAGCAUCUUAG